UUUACUACAUAAUAAUUAUUUAAAAUGACAUAGAAGAAUGAGCCAGCAAUGUCCAAGUGUCACAGGAAGUGGUUUGUUAUUGUGGCAGCUUUUGUCUCCAUCACCACAUUCCUGUGUGUUUUAUACACAGGUAGAACAUAUCGUUCGCAUGGUUCGGACAACUUAAUAAGAUACGUACAGACGUAUAAAAACGGGGAAUUAAUACCAAACAAGUUUGCUGAUUAUGUUAUUAAUCGUGAAUACACUCUUGACCUGGAAGAUGAAGAUGUUAUAGUGUUUCUACAUAUACAAAAGACAGGUGGGACCACAUUCGGAAGACACCUCGUUAAGAAUCUCGACAUAGAUAAACCAUGUAAGUGUGUGAAGGGAAUAAAGCGAUGUGACUGCUUAACUAGCAAGAAAACAUUAUGGUUAUUCAGUCGGUAUUCCACUGGGUGGGUUUGCGGGCUUCAUGCUGACUGGACAGAACUGAAGAGCUGUGUGGAGGAACAGAUGGACAAGAAAGAGAACAUGCACAGAAAGAGAAGAUAUCAUUAUGUGACAAUUCUUCGUGACCCAGUUAGUCGAUACCUGAGUGAGUGGAAACAUGUCCGUCGCGGUGCUACCUGGAAAACUGCACAACUCAACUGUAAUGGACGUCAGGCUACUCUGGAGGAAGUGCCAUUUUGUUACGAGUCAGAGACAUGGGAAGACGUGACACUGAACGAGUUUAUCAAGUGUCCAUUUAAUUUAGCCAACAACAGACAGACUAGAAUGUUGGCUAAUCUCAGCAAGGUUAACUGUUACAACAGGACGGGAAUGACGGAACAGGAACGCAACACGCUGAUGUUAGAAAGUGCCAAAGAAAACCUGCGUAAUCUGUCUUUUUUUGGACUGACAGAGUUCCAGGUUGAAACUCAGAAGCUAUUUGAGCAUGUCUUUCAUAUAGAAUUUAUCAGAGAUUUUAAUCAAUUAAACAUGACACACAGUAUGAAAACAAAGCCUACUCCUGAGCAGUGGAAGAAGAUCAUAGAAUUAAACACCUUGGACAUUGCCCUAUAUCAGUAUGCCAAGGACCUCUUCCUUCAGCGAGUCAAGGCCAUGAAUGAGUCAUUCAGUGAUAAUUCUAUCUUUCCAGAAUAAUGGAUGUCACUUUAAUCCAUUUCAUGAAAAGUAAAUAUGUAAAUAUGUAUUGCAUCCAUUAAUAUUUUUUGCCAUGACAUAAUUGAAUACAGCAAUGCUCUGUUUUAAGGAUAAAUAACACAAUUGACAAACCAACUUUGUUUUUUCGAAAUCAUCAAUAUAUAUUUCAUAGAGUUAUGUUCAUAAUAGUAAUUGAAUAUUUUUUGCGAUAGUAAGUGUGGAAAUUUUGUAAGAUUUUAUUAUAAUGUGAUAAAAUAUAUGCAAAAAUUUGUAUAGAAAAUGGCACAGAACAUCAAAGAAAUCAUACGAUUGCUUUACAUUUUAGAAAUAUAUUAUUUAAGUCAUUUCAAUUUAGAAUCAGUCAAAAAAUAUUUACCACUCCACACAUCAAAUAUUUUGCUUGUGGUAUGUAUCCUUAACUUGAAUAAGAGCCCUGCAGCAUAACACUUGCCAACAUAGCCAAAAUUUUGUUGUUAUUAAAAAAAUUUAGUUUAUUACAUGAACCUGAUUGUAAAUCCAUUUUAGAUUGAGUACGAUCUUGCUAUCAACAAAUUCCAUUAUAUGCUGGUUACAUUGUAAUCGGUUUGACUGAAGUUCUGUUUGUUUAUGUAGGGAGUAGCUUUUAGAAAACUAAAAAAUGCAUGAUUUAAGAUAAAUAAUUCAGUAUGUGUAUUCAAAUUAAUUUGUAUCUGAAAUCAUUCAAAUUUCUUGUGAAUUGCUUCUAUUUUAUUUUGAAUUUUUUCAGUAGGGCCAUUUUUAAAAAAAAUGUUUGCUUGCCCUCUCCUGACUCAGGAUAAACAAAAAUUGGAUAGGUAGGUAGGGGAAUUUUUUUCCAAAAUGCCUGCGAAUAUGAACUUAUAAAAUUUAUUAAUGAGAUGAGAACAUUUCGGAGUGAAUUAAAAAGAUGACUGUUUUCUGGAGGUUAAAAAAGUUUUGGGUUGGGCCAUUUUUAGUCAAUCAGUCAGGAGAGGGCAAACAAUUUUUUAAAGGUAGCCUUAUAAAUCAUGGGUUCCUCCCACACUCUGUCUUUCUAAUUUUUUUGACCACUCCGACACUAUAAAAUACAUUUUGUAUUUUGAAGUAUAGGGUUGGUCCAAAAGUAAGAAGAUAGAGAGUUUAUGAUUGGCCACUUUGAUUAAAGGAAAGCAGGUCAUGUUAUCUGGGAUCAUAGUAGAAAUGGUCAAUUACUGAAAUGUCUUUCGAUGUUGAAGUGUGUUCUCUUAAAUUUUGUGACUUCCUGUUCCUUACACAGUUAGAGGAAGAUUCAUGAAACAGAUCUAUAGAUUUUAAGGUCACUGUAUCAAAGGUCAAGGUUAAAGAAUUAGAAGUUUGGGGGUCACUUGAUCAUUGAGGUCAAGACAGUAGAUAUGUGCAUUCUGUGAGGGACUUUAUGGCUUUGUCAGAUAGGUUUGUUUUUAUGCAUUAUCAUAUUUAAAAAUUAUUAAAAUUUUAUUUAACUCCUUUGAGUGUAGAGCAGAAGGACAAUUUAUGGUGAAUAUAUUUUUGGACUGGAUUACGUUUACUUGUAGAUGAGCAUAUUUCUCUAAUACAAUAGUAUAAAGCCGUGUUUUCUGAACCUCUGAUUUUACUGAGGUAACCAGAGGAAAGAUGCUGGUAUUUUAAUAAUGUUUGUUAUCAGUGUAGAAUAAUUGUCCAGUAUAAUCCCAUCAGGUUACCUGGUGAUUUCUUAUGAUCUGACAGUAUUGAGAUUAAACAAGAGAGAGAGAGAGAGAGAGAGAGAGAUAGCUUUUCAUUUUUAGUUUUAAGAGUAAAAUCAUAAUAUGGCUUGUAAUAGUUUCAUGAAAGUGUACGUGAACCAAAAUUAUGCACCAAGCUUAUCAUAAUCAGGGACCAAUAAUUGAUGCUGCUUUCUUAAUUUUUAUCGGAGCCACUGCUUUAUGGUAGAGGGAGAAUUUUAAAAGAUUUUUGUUAAUUAUGCUUGUCUUAAUAUACACAGAACAGUGAACAUUUUACUUAAAUUUUUACGAUUAACUCGCAUUGUAUUACUGUAUUUUUAUUUAUACAUUGUAUUUAUAAUUUUAUAAAUACAGUCUGUACAGGUUUGAUGUGUGUUAAAAUUUGAUCAAUUAUUUACAUCCACACACAGCUAAUAUUUUUUUAGAGUAUAUGUUUUAACUGUUUUUUAAGAUACAGAAAAUGUUGAUAGUUUGUGCAUGUAAUAGAUAUAUUUACAUGUUUACAGCAAAUUGUCUGUACUGUUAUAUAUACAGGCAUCAUAGUGUUGUCAUGGAAAUACAGAAUACUGUAAAAUCACCAAUUUUUAUGGGGUUAAAUUUUCGUGUUUUGAUAAAAAGUCCUGGUUCAAGGGGAUUUGAUUCUUGUGAUUUCAGAAGGGUGGUAUUGUCUUAAUUUGAAAUUUUAUCAUUGAGUGGUGGACAUAAUUUCAUGGAUCUCUUCAUACCACAAAACAAUGAAAAUUAAACCUCCAUGAAAAUAAGUGAUUUCACAGUAGGCUUUAUGUGUGGUUAUCCCGGUUGUCUACUUAAUGCUGUUCAUUAAGAAUUUUUUCAUGAUAUAUAAUAAGUUCUUUUAUGCAAAUUACUACAGAACCUGAAUUAACUCACCGACUUUCAGAUUGCAUGAAUCCACCGACAUACAGGAAUAUCAUAUUCUUAGUAUCAAUUGGAUUAAAGCUAUCUGAAGGCCUGUAAAUCAAGUAUUGAUAAAAUUUACACUGUAGAUUCCUUAUUAUUCAUGAGAAAUUAAUAUUCACAUAAAAUCAUGUCAAACAUCUGGAAUCUCACUCUGCUAGAUUUGAAUUUCAUACAGAAUUUAAGUUGGUCAGAAAGAAAGGCUUAUAGUGAUGAGGAGAGAUAUGUGACAGACCAGACCAGAAUCAAACCAGGUCCCCUGAAUCACUUGUCAGGUGCUCUAUCAACUGAGCUAUCUGGCCACCAUCUAACCUGUCUGACUGCCAAAUUAAGAAGUACACCAUGCACACUGUGGCAUUGAGUAAAGUUUCCAAAAAAAAAAAAUUCACAUAUUCCUUUUCUUCGAACAAUAUUUACAGAUCAUGCAGGAGUGGUUGCAAAAACUAUAGUCUUUUUAUGUUUGCUGUAUGUUAUUGCAAGUUGAUAGCAACAAGCCAUUUCUCCAAAUGAAGACCUCACGAUAUUAUGUAAGGAAUCUGUAGUACAUUUUCAUCUUUGCGAUAAUGAGGUGCACUGUUACAUUGAUUUGUGGUAUACAGUAUACACUAAAUUUGUGGCAGUUGGGCAGGUUUGUUAGCUGAUGUAUAGUUCAGGGGGCCAGAGUUCAAAUCCAGAUCUGGUCCAUCACAUAUCUCACUUCCUGUUACAACGUAGACCUGCUGGUCCAUCACAUAUCUAACUUCCUGUUAUAUUGUAAUGAUUAUGUUUGUGAAGGUUCUGUAUUCGCAUGAUUCACCAUUUAAUGUUAUUAAAACAAUAUGAACGUCAAUAACUACAAAUCAGGAAUUUGAGUAAUAUAGAAAUGGUUAUUGUGAAUUAUUUUACACUACCUUUUAUUAAACUCUACAGUAUUACUAUGUCUAAAUUAUAAAACUAUGGAUGAUGAACAUUUACCUGUGGUCUUCUUGUUUGUGUGAAAGAGAAUAGUUUUGAACAUUGUUUAUUGUGCAAUUCAGAUCAGUGAAUAAUUUAUUGCAAGUUAGAUCUUACUUCUAGUUGUUCAAUGUUAUCCUGAACAAUAAAAUAAUUGAAAGAAGUUA